UGCCCAGUGCUCUGCUAGGUAGAUGUUUUGAUCCUGGUUUUAUAGGUAUGCAAACAGCUCGGAUAAUGACUUGCCCAAAUCCUUUAGCUGGGAAAUGGCAGAGCUGAGGUUUGAGUCCAGAUCACCUGACUCCAAGUCUUAUGUUUGUCACAAGAUCCUCUCUUAGUUCCCAAGGGAAUUCUGCAUCCCCACCUCCACCCUUGCCCCCCCCCCCAGUUUUGUCCCCAGCACUGCUUUCCAGAGAGCUAUUUCCAAAAGAUGAAGGUGGAGCUUCUUAAUAUUUGCAGAGCACAUGCUGUAUGUCAAGCCUUCCCAUUAGAAAUCCGGAGAUAAUAAAGCCACAGUUCCCUGCCUUUAGGGAAUGCAGACUUGCCCAGGACAGGUAGUAAACAGCAGCCCAGGGACUGCCCAGGGAGGUGACUCUGAAAGAGCAGCCCUGGCAAGGCAAGACGGAUGGCGAGGGCUGGGACAGUGGAUUAGGAAGGACUUGGGUGUAGGCAUGGUCUAUUUUGAGUCUUCAAAGGGUUCUUGGCAGGUGGAAGAAGGUAUUUCCAUUUAUACUGCUGCUUUGAGCCAGACAUGGGAACUAGAUAAACACGGGGGAUGGAGGUUUAGGAGGGAGAACAAGUGUUGAAUUGUUAGUCAAGGUCCAAGCACAGCGAUCUUAAGAGGUCAGUGGUGGUAUCCCUAUCUUUUUGAUGUGGAAACAGACUUGAGAGAGGCUAAGUAACAACCAUAUCAAUACUGGUAGAAGUGGAUUUGAACCUAAAGUCUAUCUCAUUCUAGAAUGAGGAAUUUUUCCAUCUAUUCUGUAAUCUUGCCCAAGGGUUGUAAUUUAACCCAUACAACUCUGCCAAAAAGGUCUAUUUUUCUCAAUUUUACAGGUGGGAAGACUGAGGCUCAAAUUUGCCUGAGUUCUCACAGCUAGUAGAGGAUCUGGGCUAAUUCAGUCUUGGCCUGACUCCAAAGCUCAUUUCAUUUCACCCCACUGCCUUCCAAAACGAAGAGGAAUUUUCCCAAGUGUGGAACAACGUCACCCCUGCAACCAUCCCACCCCUGCCUUGCACCAGGUCCCCGGGCUUUCCCCCUGGCAUCCAGAACAGCGACUCCUCUGUCUCGGACACUGCUGCCAUGAACAGCUUCCUGCUCUCCACGCUGUGCCUCCUUGGGGCCUGGGCCACCCUGGCAGGUGGGGUCACUGUGCAGGACGGAGAUUUCUCUUUUGAUCUGGAGUCAGUGAAGAAACUCAAGGAUCUUCAGGAGCUCGAGGAGUCCAGGAUUCAGAACCUCAUGAAUGUUGAACCGCUCACUGGGCCAGUGGCUCCCAGCCUCUGUAGCCACCCGAAGUUUCCAGAAGAACUCAAGCCAGUCUGCAAGGAGCCCAAUGCCCAGGAGAUCCUCCAAAGGCUGGAGGCCAUAGCUGCGAGCCCAAGCACGUGUGAGAUCUGUGCUUAUGCUGCCUGUGCCGGAUGCUAGGCCGGCCGUGUGCCUCGUCGCCGCCUUCCCUUCCCCGCGGGGAAAGCCCUUUCUUCUGCUGGAAGGGCCCCCCAUGAUCCUCCCCCUCCCAGCAGCUCAACCUACUCUGCCCAGGAUGGAGGGUGUGAGGAGAAGCAGCCCGGGCCGGGCAUGGGUGACUGGAGGCACAGCCCCUUCCACCAUCAGAGCUGCUGGGCAUCCAGCCCUCAUCUAAUA